GCGCAACGAGAGAAACCACCGCGGUCGGUCUCUUGAGCUGGGCGGACGGACACUGCUCCAUUCGAGAGAAGCACGAGUGAGCGAGACUCUGGUGUUGCGCGCACUCGUACCGAGCUGGACAUGUUCAACAACGACAAGCCGGCGGCCGCGGCGCCGCCCGCGGACGACUACGAGAUGUACGCGACGCCCGCGGCCACGGGCGCGCGCGAGCCCGGCGAGGCGGAGAUCGUGCGCCGCGGGGACGCCCCCGAGCGACCCGUGCACUCGGACGACACGGGCAGCUUUAAGGACAACGUGAUCACGGUGCACGGCUACAUGCACAAGCAGGGCAAGCGCGCGGUCAAAGGCCCGAUCCACAAGAGCUGGAAGCGCCGCUACUUCGCGCUGGAGAAGGCCAAGAUCUACUACUUCCACUCGCACCUCGAGUGCCGCCAGUACUUCACGACGCGCAACACGGACCUGGUGGUGGGCGCCAUCGAGCUCAAGGACGCGCUGCAGCUGCGCCCCUGCGCGCGCCUGGACCUGCCGCACCGAGGCUUCGAGAUCACGACCAAGCGCCGCGUGUGGGUCCUCUGCCCCGAGUCCGAGGACGAGUACCGACUCUGGUUCGAGGGCGUCGAGGAGGCCAUCGUGGCCUGCGGCUCGGGCAACAUCAUCGAGCGCAAGCUGCCCAACGUCCGCAAGUACUACAUGAAGGGUAUUACAACGUACCGCAUCCUGUACUUCCUCUUCCUGAUCCUGAGCGUCGUGGAGAUCUUCGGCUUCGUCUUCUGGUUCGUCGUGGGCACCCAGCCGUGUGACUCGAGCAACAGGACCCUAACGUGUGAGGAAGUGUACGACAACACGCCCGACGACCUCAACUGUCUGGCCGAACCCAUGAGCGGCUGGUUUACGCCUCCGGACUGGUACCUGACGCUGGCCGGCGUGGACGACGUGGUGUGCUUCCACAACCCGCCCAUCGCCCAAUGGGUGUCGUUCUUCGCUCUCAUCUUUGCCGAGCUGGUCUCCAUCAUCCUCGGCGCGCUGUACUACCUCGGCAUGUGGAAGCCUGUGCGUCGUGGCGCCCACUACUUCGACGAGUUCGACCCCAAGGUGCCGGACGACCUGUGGCCCAAGAUCGACGUGCUGCUGUGCCACUACUCGGAGCCCGCGGAGGAGACGAUUGACACGCUCAUGGCCUGCAUGAACCUGCAGUACCCGCCGCACCUGCUGCAGAUCUACGUGCUGGACGACGGCUACUGCAGCACCAAGUGGACUAAGGGCAACCCGAUCCCGGCCAUUGAGCUGAACAAGAUGGUGCUAGAGAAGGCUGGCGACCUCCGCCAGGAAGUCGCUCAGUUCAUGUACGACCGUGUGUGCGACCCCAACGAGGAGAUGGAGGUGUACGCCUGGCGUAAGCUCCACUCGUCCGCUAACCUGCCGUCGGCUUCGCGCCCGAAGGUCGUGAACCGCGCCGAUUGCGCUGUGGGCUCGUUCCGUGACGACUACCGCUACCCUGGCCUGCCGCACGUGACGUUCGUCGGUCGCGUGAAGCCGCAGACGCACUACUCCAAGGCCGGCAACAUCAACAACUGCCUGUACAACGAGGGUGCCAACGGUCGCUACAUGCUGCUGCUGGACUCGGACAUGCAGCCUCACCCGAAGUUCAUCCUGGCCACGCUGCCCUUCUUCUUCGACGACGAGGAUCGCCAGUACAAGAACAAGUACUCGUGCUCCACCAUGGGCUGCCAGAACGUGGCUAAGAUGUGCUGCGCGUCGUGCAAGAUCGCGGGUGUGCCGGAGGAGCGCAUCAGCUACUGCUCGAAGGAGUGCUUUGAGAACGCCAUGCACGUGCAGAGCGACCUGCACCGUCGCCAGGUGAACGGCACGCUGAGUGACACGCGCGCUACCAAGAAGGAGCUGCGUUGCAUGAACUGCGACUCGAAGCUGGGCAAGAGCGGAGUUUGCCGCAAGUGCAACACGAACAACAACAACGGGGACGCCGACAUGUCGAUUCUGCACAACUACUCCGAUGAUGUUCGUGACAACGCCGUGGGCUUUGUGCAGACGCCGCAGUACUUCCGUGACUGUGUUCAGCUGCAGAUCGGCGACCCGCUUGGCCACCGUAACGCCACCUUCUACGAUGCCAUUCAGACUGGUCAGGACGGUUACGACUGCGCGUCGUUCGCUGGCACCAACGCUUUGGUUCGUCGUGAGGCCCUUGACUCGAUUGGCGGCAUUCAGUACGGUACGCUGACGGAGGACUGCUACACUGGCGAGCGUCUUGUCUCUAUGGGCUGGAAGGCGCUGUACUUCCGCAAGGAUUUCGAGGGCGAGGCUCACGAGCGCAUCCGUCUGGCCGAAGGACUGAUCCCUGACUCGGUGGCUGGAGCCAUGGCGCAGCGCAAGCGUUGGGCCAAGGGCAACUUCCAGACGGCCCUGAUGAAGAAGAACAAGAACGUGGCUGACCCGGAGUGGAAGCGCCCGCACGUGGACAUCCCCAAGUACCGCAAGCCGAGCACCUUCAUGCGCCGCGUGUUCUACCUCAACUCGACCCUGUACCCGAUUGACUCGAUCCCGGUCAUCCUCCUGUACUACAUCACGCUGUACUUCCUGUACACGGGCUACGCUCCGAUCUUCGUGAACGGCCUGCGCGUGCUUGUGGCGCUCGUGCCCAAGCUCAUCAUCCAGGGUCUACUGUCCGCUCUGAGCACUCGUGGAGUGGAGAACAACGAUGUGGUGCGAUCGCAGGAGACCAGGUUCGUGUACGCGUUCACCAACUUCACGGCCAUGCUGGGCGCCAUUGUGUGGAAGUUCACUGGCCGUAAGUCCAAGUGGUUGAACAAGCGCGACGCCACGCGCGGAUCGCUGGCCGAGCUGCCGAACGUGCUGGUGUUCUCCGGUGCGGUGUUCGGCAUCGUCUGGUCCAUGGUGCGCUACAUCGUGGCCUACUACAACCGCGUGUACUCGCACGGUGACUCGAUGCUGUGCGCUGCCGUGCUCAUGGGUGUCUACAUCGCGUACAACCUGGGCCCGAGCGUGCGGAUGAGCAUCCAGGAGUACUUCGGCUGGAGCUACCAGAGUCUCAUGGACCAGGGUAACUUCAUGGGCUCCAUCUCCAUCGCCGUGGGCCUCAUGUUCAUCGCGCUGUGGGUGCACGUGGAGAAGCCCGUCACCGGCUAGGGAAGCGUAGCUCGGUAUCUAGGACCAGCCAGCCGUCUAGUGACGCGCCGCGCCACUACAUUCGCCACUUCAUCUUCCAUUAGUUUGCUUUUUAUGCCAUAUAUCGACAAGUAUAUGGUUGUACACGUUAAGCUUGGGCACUGUCUUGCUGUACCAACCAUUUGC